UUAUUGUGUCUGUGUAGGUUCUCAGUCAUUCAGGUCAUCUUAAAAAUAGUUACAUCGAGGGCAACUGGACAAGGUAGGUUUAACAAAUGUAAAUAUUUGUCAACAACUAUUUUUUAUAACCUUAUAUCCUUUUUUAUUGUUAAAUAAUAAAAAGGUGCUACUUAUUUGUUAACUAUUUGUAUUUUCUAAUAAACACACAGCAUGUUCAUACAGUAUAUAUUCACUACUGUAAAUACACGCGUCCCACUGGUGUUGCUUGAUUUAAUUUCCAAAUCAAUUUAAUAUGAUGCCCUACAUAUAUUUAAUAGUGUGUGUCUGUUUUCAUCCCCUGUGAGUAGAACAGUGGCAGGUGAUGAGACAGGAGGAGGAUGGAGGUGGACGGUUCCUCCAUCCUCCUCCUCCUCAAGCCACUCCCAAUCUCUCUCUCUCUCUCUCUCUCUCUCUGGUGAUGCUCCUACCGCUGCAGCUCCUUCAUUUCUCCCCUCUCUCUCUCUCUCUCUCUUCUCCCCCUCAGUCUCCACUCAGCAGCAGUCAUGGCGACAGUGGUCCAGCCGCUCAGUCUAGAUCGAGAUGUUGCGAGGGCCAUCGAGCUGCUGGAGAAGCUGCAGGAAUCCGGCGACGUUCCCGGUCACAAGCUCCAGUCCCUGAAGAAAGUCCUUCAGAGUGAAUUCUGCACAGCAAUCAGAGAGGUCUACCAGUACAUGCACGAAACAAUCACAGUGAACGGCUGUCCAGAGUACCAGGCCAGAGCCACGGCCAAGGCCACAGUCGCUGCCUUUGCAGCCAGCGAGGGUCACUCUCACCCCCGGGUGGUGGAGCUGCCCAAGACAGAAGAAGGACUGGGCUUCAACGUGAUGGGAGGAAAGGAGCAGAACUCCCCCAUUUACAUCUCACGCAUCAUCCCAGGAGGAGUGGCAGAGAGACAUGGAGGUCUGAAGAGAGGGGACCAGCUCCUGUCUGUCAAUGGUGUCAGCGUCGAGGGUGAACACCAUGAAAAAGCCGUGGAGCUCCUGAAGGCAGCCAAGGACAGUGUCAAGCUGGUCGUCCGCUACACCCCGAAGGUCCUGGAGGAGAUGGAGGCCCGCUUCGAGAAACUGCGCACGGCCCGGCGGCGCCAGCAGCAGCAGCUUCUCAUGCAGCAGCAACAGCAGCAACAGCAGAAUCCGGGCUCGCAGCAGAACCACAUGUCAUAGAUUGUUCCAGAAGAAGCGAAGCUGCAGUGAAACAGUGGAUCUCCAAGGACCAUCUGUUUGUGUUGAAGAUCCCAAAGGAACCUCUCUGCCACAGAGAGCAGGGGGAGAAGAAGAGAAAACUCACCCACCUUAGGACCUUUUUUUAGCUCCUACUCUCUGACUUCCAGUUUUCCAUCGAUGACUGGGGGGAAAAAAAAACCUCAAGAAAGACGCAAACGUCCCCAUACUGGUGCUCAGGGGGAUGUUAGCGCUGACUUUGUACUCCCCUCUCCCACAUCCAUGUUCUCCAAGAGAAACCUUUGUGUGGUUUUGUUUACCGUUUCCCUGUUUUGGUAAAGCCGCGUCGUUUCAGCCACUUCUGCCUCAGAUUUUAUUUGUACGGUGACGUUUUCUGGUGCUCGUGUCUCUAUCUUUCCUAACAUUUCUUCUCCAAAACUUUUUGUUGGACAAAGAUUUUUUUUUACCUUCUGUACAGCAGGAAGAAUGAUUUCUUCUUUUUAGAAUUAGCAAUAACUGUUGUUCUCCGGUUUUACAGCUCCAUACGUAGUCAAUAAAAAUGGGUGCCAUGUGUAGAUCACUGUAUGGUCUGAUGCACUGACAUGCAGCUUCUGGGUCCAAAUCUAUCCAGUCAAGUCCAUGGGCCAAGUCAAUGUUUUUUAGCAGAGAAUCCAAUUAUGACCUUUUUCUGAGCAUACACAGAAUAAGCAAAAACAGCUAAGAUAUAUGUGGCCCACAUUUUGUGUAUCUGACCCAUAUGGGCUGCAUUUUUGUCACUUUCAUUUGGCCUAAUAUUUGGGUGAAUGAUGCCAUUUAGGUUUUGUUUGUCAUCCUGACGUUGGACACAAAUCUGGCCCACAAAAUAAAAUUGACACAAAUAUGGGCCAAUUGAGCUUUAAUUCAGUCAUUGUCAAAAAUAACACGUGUGGGCCACUGGAGACUUACAUCUGUUUGUGCAGAGGCCAGUCAUCAUUUCCAGAUGAGGCCCACAUUUACAUUGAUUUGUUAGGACACAAACCUUUGCGACCCAAGUCAAUAGACAUUGUUUGUAAACUCCUGGGAAACAUGUUGAGAGAUGACUCAAAAAAAACCUCUUCUGACCCACCUGAGGGUCGUGACCCAGUGUUUGGGAAACAGCGGUCUACAGUGUAUUAUCCUACUUGAAACCUAAAUUUGGCUUAAAUGGAACUUGAUCUGUGGGCCACAUCUGAAAAUUAAAGUUUUUUUUUUUUCUGGCCCUGACAAAGUAAUUAGCUCCUUCGGUGGCCCAUAUGUUGCAUUUCAAAUGUAGCCCAAUGUGGCUAUUUUGAAAUAAUGAAGUCACACCCACAGACCCGUUUCUCUCACACAUUUAAAGCUACCCUAAUCUUUGACUAAAAUACAUCAAACGAUUCAGAUUUGAACCACAUGUGGCCAAAGAAAUUGUCCUGUGUGUCAUAUUUGGGCAGGAUCUGGUCCAGGUUGACAAGUGACAUGUGCAAAACAAUGUGCAAUAAGACAUCAGAUUAUCCCUCAGAACAUGAAUGUCACUGAUUACAUAACAAAUCAGUAUAUAUAGUAUAUUUAUUUUACAGAUUAUUUUCCUCUACGUUAUAGUUUAUUAUAGAUUUUAUCUUCAAACUUGUUUGUUCAUGUGGAAAUAUUGCGAGUACAUGUAUAUGUUAAGAUUCUAAUUAGCGACGGGAGGCCAAAACAAAUUAAUUGGAGGCUUUGUAUUUAUUUAAAAUCAUACAUUUUCUAAUCAACUUAAUUUGGUUGACAAUUGAAUCAAUGCGCAGACAGCCAGGUGGAGAUAAAGACAAACAAAAAUGUUUACUCUACUCUCUAUUUAUCUGGCUACUACAUUCACAGAGUACUACUCACUGGUAGUACAAUUACAGCUAUUACAGUAUAUUCAACAUUUGAACUCUUUUGGGCUCUGAACUUCCUCUUCUUGUCUAUUGUGGACUGGCUGCACUGUUUAUCUGUACCAGCUAAUGUUAGCCCUUGAUAACAGAACUUCUGUAGCUAACAUUAGCUUUGGUUUCUGCAGCUACUCUGUUGGAGCUAACGUUAGCUCUAGUGUUUGUACCAGGACUAUUUUAGCUAACGUUAGCUCUGUUAUCCUACUUGUCACAAAAUAUUUUCCAGUGAGGUCGUAGUAAAGGCUUGGAGUUCUGCUCCAAGAGGAUAAGAAACUAUUUUUAGCACACUCUUAUCCAACCUGACAUCAUAAAACAUCUCCUGCCUAACAAGCUGAGCAAUGUUGUUCUGUCUUCCAUCACGUUAACUAAACUUUCUUGUGCGCUGACAUCACUCGGUGCAUCCUCUUUAUCUUCUUUGCAGCUAGCAAACAGACUUUAGGUCCAUUACUGCCACCUACAGGCUGGAUUUUGUGCAUUUAUCGGUAAACCAGAAAUGAAAGGGGAAAAAAACCAGAGCUGUCCUUAAAUUUGUUUUUAUUUGAACUCAGUCUUUUAUUGGAAUUAAUGCUUAAAGUCCCCGUCCUAAUUAUAUUAUGAGAUUAUUUUAUUAAGUUGAAUAGUUGUAUAAUGUACAGCACACAGCGUGGGUUUAUGUGUCUGUUCCCUGCAGUUCUAUUUGGACAAUCAUUGUGCACAACAGUCAGAUGAUGUAAGAUGUUUUUUUCUCUCUCUUUUUUUUCUUCAGUAAAGGUCACAAAACACUUCUCUAUCUCCAGAGUGAAAUCCAACAGGUUUUUGUGUUUCUUCUCUCUCGUCCUUGUUAAUUGAUAACUAUUUCUGUUUUUUUCGUUUAUUUUUCUCGAAGCUUGUUUUUCUGUAGAACCCACUGUUAUUGUUUUCCACAACACAAAGCACAUACUUUUCUCAUUUUCUUUACAACUUGAGAUCAAGCACCCAAGAAGAGUGAAAAAACAAACAAACAAGUCAAAGUUGUUUUCCUGAGGAAUCAACACUCCUACACAUUGGCCAACGUUUUCCAUAUUUCCUUAGAAACGACCUGUUAGCACCGAGGUCACAUGAGGAUUGCAGUGUGUAAUCAAAUGCUGAGGUAUAAUUGGGUUGUUAUUAUUGUCAUUAUUGAUUUUCAUUCCUCAUGCAGAACAGCCCAACUGGACGGAUCUCCUUUUGUAUCUUUUAACUCUUUCUUAAUUGACUUGCAUUUUUGAAGCUGAUGGUCCUGUAUUUAACGUAAAGACUUAAACUGAAAAAGACAAAAAAGACGAAGAAAACUGUUGAUAUGCAAUUGUUAUACAUAAUAUAUUUGUAUAAAUAAAUAUGUGCUUGUGUACAGUG